AUGUUGAUGUCAGAGUUCACGUCGCCGCAUCCCAAAGAAGCCGCGAGCCCCUUGCUCUCUGCCGUGCCUGCCUGCAUACCUGCCGUGGACGCCGGAGGUGUGGUCCGGAGGGUGGAGAAAGGAGCAGAUGCUCCAGCUUCAGCCAGGUUCGGGGCCAAUCACGGUGCUUCAAAAGAGGAACACUCGGUAAUAGAGCGGGGCCACGUCAGCCUUCGACGGCUUCUCAUUCGAUCGAGCACCGACGCCACAGGUUUCAUCGAUCGCUGUCACUGGCAACGCACUUCCCGCUUCACCGGCACAAAGGGCAGCACCACGACGCCGUUUGAUCUGGCCCUCGUCGACUGCGUCAGCCAGUAUGGUGCCGCGAUUCGAGGUCUGGAGGGAGGCGCCGAGAUUAAGGAAUUGGUUCAGGCCAGAGGCGACGGUGAAGAGGGCCACUAG